UCAUCUUCUAAUUCUGACAUUCAUCUCUUUAACUCAUCAAUAAACUCCCUAGCUUAAUUUGUCCAUGUUCAAUAACCCAUCAAAAUUGCAAUAAAUCUAUUUCCUUACUCAAUUCAUGGCUCUAGAAAAAUCUUUGAAUUUGACAGCUCAAAAAGCCCAAGAAAAUGCCAAUUUCGCCUUAGAAUUGUGGGUUAAUGCUGAAAAGUUUAUUAAUUAGACCUCAGAUCAAAAGCAAAACAAAUCUAUCCUAAACAUUGUCAAUAGUUAUAAAUUUUAAAACAUUAUUCCAUAAGAUUAAGAAGGUUGGCAAGCAACUCAAAAUUAUAUUGAUGAAUGGAAAAACCAAACAGAUGAUAACAAAAGUAUAAUCUUAUAAUAUGCCUUAAUGAAUAUCAAUCAAAUGAUAGAAUCAGAUCCUGCAAAGUUUAACCAAACCAAUUUAAUUGAACAAAUGCACAAUUAAACCUCUAUUCUUGAUAACAAUCAGAAGAACAAAAAUACUUCUAAAUACAUUUCUCCUUUCUCUUGGUAACAUGCUAAUGUUAGCGAGGAAGAAAUGAUUGUGGCACAUUUUUUUGAAAAUGCAAAAAGCUAAAAUAUUACCGUCUAAGAAUAUUUCAAUAAGUUAUCUUUUAUAGAAGCUGCAUCUUUAUUAAAUGCUUUAGAAAAAUUUUAUAAUGUUUCUAGUAACAAUGGAACACCUUCAAAAGCUAUCAAUUCAAAGGGAGAACAACCAACUGAUGAACCUUAAGAAUUACUCCCUGAAAUUAAACCUAAAGAUAGUGAAGAUCAUCCUAUUUACUUGUAUGUUGUAUUUUCUUUAGUUUUGAUCGUGUUUAUUGUCGUUUUGUUUUUUUUGAGAAGAUACUAUAUACAGUAAAGAAUCAUUUCGUUUUAAAUGAAUGAGGAAUCAAACACUUAAGGAUUAUAGGUUUGA